ACCGAAAACCCCAAACAGAUGGAAGAGAGUGAGAGAAGCAAAGGUGGAUAGGGAAGGGAUAGCCAUGGCGGCGGCGGCGGCGGCGGGUGGGCUGGUGCUGCUGGACUUCUGGGUGAGCCCGUUCGGGCAGCGCUGCCGCAUCGCGCUGGCGGAGAAGAAGCUGCCGUACGAGUACUCGGAGCAGGAGCUGCUCGGCGCCAAGAGCGAACUCCUCCUCCGCUCCAACCCCGUCCACAAGAAGAUCCCCGUCCUCCUCCACGGCGGCGCCGCCGUCUGCGAGUCGCUCGUCAUCCUCGAGUACCUCGACGACGCCUUCCCGGACACCCCGCGCCUCCUCCCCGCCGGCGACCCCUACGCGCGCGCGUGGGCCAGGUUCUGGGGCGACUACGUGGACACGAAGGUGUACCCCGUCGGGACGCGGCUGUGGAAGCUCGGGCGCGCGGGCGAGAAGGCGGAGGCCCGCGCCGAGCUGGUGGAGGCGCUCCGGACGCUGGACGGCGAGCUCGGGGAGAGGCGGUUCUUCGGCGGCGGGGACGCGUUCGGGUUCGUGGACGUGGCGCUGGUGCCGCUGAUGCCGUGGGUGCAGGCCUUCGCCAGGUACGGCGAGUUCAGCGUGGAGGAGGAGUGCCCGCGGGUGGCGGCGUGGGCGCGGCGGUGCAUGGAGCGGGACAGCGUCGCCAAGAGCCUCCGCUCGCCGGAGGAGGUCUACGACUUCAUCGGCCUCCUCAGGAACUACUAUGGCGUCCGCGACUAGAUCGACACUGCACGUACGUGCCUCAGCUCGUCUCAUCGUCAUGGCACUGUGAACAGAUUUGUAGCUCCUACCUUUUCUCAACCCCUCCAGCCCCUUGCGCUUGUAUUUAAUAGAAGAAUAGAAUAUCAAACGUUUGAUCAAUAGUAAAAAUCUCAUGCUCGCUCUCCCCUCUGGACUCCAUACAUUGCGUGUAUAUUUAGUAGAAGAAAAAAAAUCAAACGUUUGAUAAAUAGCAAAAGUGAACCAGAUAUAUAAGAUAUUUUGAAAUGAAGGGAUCACGCAACAGUGAAUUGUACUGCGAGAGUACAUUUAGAAAAGGUCUGUUUGGUUCUAUCGCUCUCUUCUAAUAGUAUAUGUUUGGUGUUUUCUG